AAUGACGCCGUUGCUGGGCGACGCGGCUCUUCCUGCCUGUCAUUUUGUGUUGCUGUUGUGCAGAGUUUGGCGGGAGAUUCCAGCAUGGCCGUGCAGCCGAAGGAUAAGCUAUGUAUGGACAGCGAGGCGGAGAGCGGCUUCAUCAGCUUCUACCGCUCCAUGCCGGACAAGCCGGACACCACGGUGCGAGUGUUCGACCGGAGCGAUUACUACACGGUGCACGGCAGCGAUGCCUUGUUUGCCGCCAAGGAAGUGUUCAAGACCAACGGGGUCAUCAAGUACCUGGGAUCAGGCAGCAAGAAGUUGGAGAGCGUGGUCCUCAGUAAGAUGAACUUUGAGUCGGUGGUGCGGGAUCUUCUUCUUGUUCGUCAGUAUCGAGUUGAAGUUUAUAAGAACAAGUCUGGAAGCAAAUCCUCCAAGGACAAAGACUGGCAUCUGGCAUUUAAGGCCUCCCCAGGAAACCUGACCCAGUUUGAGGAGAUUUUAUUUGGUAACAACAAUAUGUCUUCUGCUGUGGGAGUCGUCGGCGUCCGGUUGGUCAGCUCCGAAGGACAGAGAUUGGUCGGUGUCGGUUUUGUAGAUUCCACAUCCAGGAGACUCGGAGUGUGUGAAUUUCCAGAUAAUGAUCAGUUCUCAAAUCUAGAAGCUUUACUGGUUCAGAUUGGACCAAAGGAGUGUGUGAUGCCUGGAGGAGAUACUGCUGGAGACAUGGGGAAAGUAAGACAGAUUGUUCAGCGAGGCGGGAUCCUCAUCACUGAUAGGAAAAAGUCAGAAUUUACUACGAAGGAUUGUGUUCAAGACCUUAACCGUCUGCUUAAAGCAAAGAAAGGGGAGCAAAUCACUAGUGCGGCAUUGCCAGAGAUGGAGAAGCAGGUUGCAAUGUCGUCUCUGUCUGCAGUCAUGAAGUAUCUGGAACUAUUAUCCGAUGAGUCUAAUUUCGGGCAGUUUGCGUUGACCAGCUUUGACCUGAAUCAAUACAUGAGAUUAGAUAACGCUGCAGUUGGUGCAUUGAAUCUCUUCCCCGGCUCAGCUGAGGACACUAGCGGAACACAGUCACUGGCCGGAUUGUUAAACAAGUGUAAAACCCCUCAGGGGCAGAGGUUGGUCAACCAGUGGGUGAAACAGCCCCUGAUGGACAAGAACAGGAUAGAGGAGAGGUUAAACUUGGUGGAAGCUUUUGUGACUGAUACAGAACUCAGACAGAGCCUGCAGGAAGAUUUACUUCGUCGCUUCCCAGAUUUUAACCGCUUGGCCAAAAAGUUCCAAAGACAGAACGCGAACCUGCAAGAUUGUUACAGACUCUACCAGGCUGUGAACCACCUGCCCAGUGUCAUCCAGGCAUUGGAGAAAUACGAAGGGACUCACCAGAUGCUGCUGUUAGCCGUCUUUGUCACUCCCAUCACAGAUCUGUCUUCAGACUUCUCUAAAUUCCAAGAAAUGAUUGAAACCACCAUGGACAUGGAGCAGGUAGAAAAUCACGAAUUUCUAGUGAAAGCUUCUUUUGAUCCCAACUUGACAGAACUGAGAGAGAAGAUGGAUGAGCUUGAGAAAAACAUGCAGUCUGCUCUGAACAGUGCAGCCAGAGAGCUUGGUCUGGAUUCUGGAAAAAGCAUAAAGUUGGAAUCCAACGCGCAGCUCGGUCACUAUUUCCGUGUGACCUGCAAGGAGGAAAAGGCUUUGCGGAACAACAAGAAGUUUACUACAAUUGAUAUUCAGAAGAACGGUGUUAGGUUCACAAACAGUAAAUUGAGCUCUUUCAAUGAGGAAUAUAUUAGACACAGGGAAGAGUAUGAAGAAGCUCAGAAUGCUAUUGUGAAAGAAAUCAUUAAUAUCUCCUCCGGAUACGUGGAUCCAAUGCAGACGCUGAACGAUGUUGUUGCCCAGUUGGAUGCGGUUGUCAGCUUUGCUCACGUUUCCAAUGGAGCACCAGUGCCAUAUGUUCGCCCAGUCAUCUUGGAGAAGGGACAGGGAAGAAUUGUGCUGAAAUCUGCCAGACACCCAUGUAUUGAAAUGCAGGAUGAUGUGGCGUUUAUCCCCAAUGACAUAACGUUCGAGAAGGAGAAGCAGAUGUUCCAUAUUAUCACUGGUCCCAACAUGGGCGGAAAGUCCACGUAUAUUCGCCAGACUGGAGUGAUUGUUCUCAUGGCUCAGAUUGGCUGUUUUGUUCCAUGUGACUCGGCAGAAAUCAGCAUAGUGGACUGCAUCCUUGCCCGGGUCGGAGCUGGAGACAGCCAACUUAAAGGAGUCUCCACAUUUAUGGCUGAGAUGCUGGAAACUGCAUCUAUCCUCCGAUCAGCCACAGAGAACUCCCUGAUCAUCAUCGAUGAACUGGGGAGAGGGACCUCCACCUAUGAUGGCUUUGGACUGGCAUGGGCCAUCUCUGACUACAUCUCUACCAAAAUCCAGGCGUUUUGUAUGUUUGCCACCCACUUCCAUGAACUGACCGCUCUGGCCGACCAAGUGUCUACAGUGAACAACCUACAUGUUAUGGCUCUAACCACAGAUGAAACGCUCACCAUGCUGUACAGGAUCAAGACAGGAGUUUGUGACCAGAGUUUUGGGAUACAUGUAGCAGAGCUGGCUAACUUUCCUAAGCACGUAAUUGAAAACGCCAAAGCAAAGGCCCUGGAGCUGGAAGAAUUCCAGUUUGUUGGAACCGGUGAGGACUGCGAGGACGAGCCAGCCUGUAAGAAACGCUACAAAGAGAAGGAGGAAGGGGAGAAGAUCAUCCAAAAUUUUCUUUCCAAAGUGAAAACUCUACCACUUACAGAAAUGUCUGAGGAAGAGCUAAAGCGCAACCUGAACAAACUCAAGGCGGAUGUUCUAGCGAAGAAUAACAGUUUUGUUAAUGAAGUUAUUUCCCGUGUAAAGACCGCAUCCUGAACGUCAUCUGGAAAGGGUCUGGGAAAGUUGUGUGUUUCAGGCUGCUGUUUCAGCUUUUUGUAAUACUGUAGAUUAUAGAACAAAUGCUAUGUGCAGCCCUACUGUUGUAAAAAAAUAAAAUAAAAAUGUUUUUGUA